AGUAAUGGAGGGGGUCACAGUCGGCCAGGUAUUUGAUGCGGAAUGCAUCCUGAGCAAACGGCCGAGAAAGGGAAAGUUUGAGUAUCUGGUGAAGUGGAGAGGGUGGUCGUCUAAGCACAACAGUUGGGAGCCAGAAGAAAAUAUUCUGGACCCGAGGCUGCUGGCAGCUUUCCACAAGAGAGAACAAGAGCGGGAGCUUCUGUUCCAGAAGAAAGGAAAGAGGCCGAGAGGACGACCGCGGAAGAUUCUGCAGCCAGCGCCAGCCACCACUAAAGACAGCCGCUCCUCGUCUUCCUCCUCCUCCGGCCUGUCGUCAUCCGCCUCCUCCUCCUCCUCAGAGGAUGAAGAUCACACGAAGAAGGCGAAGCCGGGUCCCCGCGUCCACCCCGUCCCCCAGAAGAGGCCUCAGAUCGUGCUCGCCAAACCCGAUCCUCCAUUGAAGAAGAAGCGCGGGAGGAAGCCACUCCACCCUGACCUGCGGGCGUUAAGGCAAGCGAAGAGCAGACCGCCGCCUCCUCCUUCACCUCCUCCUCCUCCACCUCCUCCACGCCACCACCAGGUGCUCAGACCGCAGAGGGACGAGCCGCGACCCGGCGUAAAGAAACCUCUGCAGCCAGCGAGCUUCACCUACACCGGGCUGAGCCGAAUGUCCAGAGAUGAGGCCGCCUCCGCCUCCCAGACCUCCGCCAGCUCCUUCUCACAGAGCGCCACCUCCAAGGCGGGGUCUCUCAGCUGCAUCUGGACCAGCCGCUCCAUGUCUCCGUCCUCGUCCUCCUACAGCAAAACGGGCCCGUCCCCGCAAAGUAAGAACUCUCUGUCCGAGCUGAAGCGCUCCAUCUCAGAAACUGCCAGCGGCCGAGGAGACGGCUACAAGGUGUCCGCGCUGAAACAAGGCGGCGGCCCGGGCUCGCUGGGUUUGCACAACAGCUUCGGCGGAGGCCAGACGGCGGUGCAGCGCUCCCCGCUGAGCCAGAGGAGGCAGGAGGGCACCGGGCCGCUUCAACACAAGCAGCAGAGCCUCUCCAAGGCCUCGUCCUCGCCGACGCCUCGAGACCGGGCCAACCAGGCUCUCAACCUCCGAGCUCUCAACCUGCAGAGCGUCAGCAAGCCGCCGUCCAGCAGCAGCCAUCAGGGGAACAAUGGCGGAGCUGCGGCGUCCAGGUCGAGCUUACGGAGCGGCGUCGUUGUAAAAGGAGGCGUCAAAGAAACUCGGACGACAGCUGGCGGGCAGCGCUCUGGACUGGCGACAGGUGGCGCUGCGGAGCAGGGGCGGUUACGGGAGGACAGGGGGGCGGAGACGAAGAAGAUGACAGGAAGCGCCGCCGGUCGAGGGAGCGGCGUCGGCGGGAGGCACGAGGAGAGGAAACACGGGCUCGCCUCUCAGAGUCGGAGCCUGAACGAGCUCAGUACCGGAGACUCGGAUGAGACCAGCAGCAGCGAGUCGGAGCACGACGCCACGCUGUUUCCAGUCAACAGCAGGCCCAGCCUCGGCAACGACGCCACCGAGUCUGACACGGAGACGGACUGGCGGCCAGCCCGGAGCCUCCUGGAGCACGUGUUUGUCACCGACGUCACGGCCAACUUCAUCACGGUGACGGUGAAGGAGUCACCCACAAGCGUCGGGUUCUUCAACUCACGGAAUCACUGAAGGUGGCGCCAGAGCUGAACUGUCCUCCAACACUUCCUGCAACAGCUCCGAGGGUUCCCAGGAUCCCGUCGGUCCCCAAUCUUUACACGCUUCAAAAUGCACAAAAAGUCUGGGGACUUGUUGUGCUGUCCAAACAGACAAUUCACUUUCUGUGGUUUCAGUAAUCAAGUGAUGUUUCAUACGUAGUAGAAGACAAAAACCACAUCAGAGAGAUCAAAGUAUUUGUUGAAACAAUGUAGGAAUCCUGAAGUUUGACCUCGUUCACACCUGAUAUUAACCUGCAGUCCAGAGGAGGAAGUUUAGCAUUUCAUCCUGCAGCCUCGUGUAGUAGUUGUACCAUUUUCUCCAUGUGGUAUCCACACAUGCAGAUACAAAACAAUGCAGGUGAAGUUAUUUUAGUUUGUGUUGUUGCACUUAAUAAUUAAAUAUAACAUUAAGAUCCUCAACCAGUAAUAAAGUCCCACUUGCUCAGAAUUAGGGUUGCAAAGGGGCGGAAAAUUUGCGGUAAAUUUCUGGAAAAUUUCCGGUAAAUUUCCAUGGGAAGUUAAGCUUGGGAAUUUUGGAAAUAUUCCAUAUAUUAUAUAUAUAUAUAUAUAUAUAUAUAUAUAAUAUAAUAUGUAUUAUGUUAUAUAUAUAUAUUAUAUAUAUUCCAUAAUGGGAAUUAAUGGGAAUUUAUGAGAACUAAUUGGGAAUAUAUUAUAUACAAGCAUAAAUAUAAGCAAAAGUCAUAAGAAAACAUCCAUACAAAAUGUUUUCAACAGAUAUUUCAACAGAUUUAUUUGUAAGUAGAGUAGAACACGUUCUAAUUACUUGUUUCAUGGAUGAACAAAAACAGGAGUGUUGGGUUCAAUAUCACCCAUCCCCUAACCCCACUCAUUCAAAAAUGCACCCCCCCCCCCAUCCAAAAAUCUCCACAAAGUCCCAUUCAAAAUGUUAAAUGAAAAAUGCCACUCUUCCUCCAAAACGUUCCAUUAAACAUGCAAACCUUCCUUCAAGCAAUCCUCUGCAUUUUUGCUCAGUCAAUAGACUCUUCCUGCUCCUCAUCAACAUCCAACAACAUGUCCCCUUCCUCAACAUCCAACUCUGAGUCUUCCUCUUCAGUGUCACUUUCCAGCCUUGUUGAGGAUGGCUCUGUGUCAGGCUCAAAGAGCCUUAGGUUUGCGCCAAUGCCAACCAGCUUUUCCACUCUCACAUUUGUGAGCCUGUUGCGAACCUUUGUGUGGGUUAGGGUUUGAUUGAGGAAUGGCAUGGAUAUUCAAGUGUAUUUGAAUGGCAUCUGUUUGUUUUAGUCAAGAUUAUGCUAAAAUAUACUUUCCUCAACUAUAUUUAAGUUCCCUAAGAAGAGCCAACCUUCAAUUUAGAAAAUUCCCAGUUUAUUCCCAUAAAUUCCCGUUAAUUCCCAUUAAUUCCCGUGGAAAGUUUCCGUCUUUGAAAAUUCCGGGAAUUUUGCAACCCUACUCAGAAUAAACAACAGACAUAAUAUAUCACUUUUUCGAAUGAAGUUUGGUUUACAGUGGAGAACAAAAUUCUAAAAAUGAAAAAAAGUUGCUCAGAAAAAACUCUGAUCUCUUUAAGGAUAGUCAAGUAGCAGGAAGUGAAGUUUGGAGUUUGGUUCAGACAGCGUUGGUUUGUUGAAAGUCAAUUAUUUCACUCAAAUAUAGUACAUUGACAACUUAAUUGUUACUCAAAGUCCACUUACGAGGUUUUUUGUUUGCCAAAACUUUCAACCCACACUUUACCAGUAACAGAGUCAGAGGACAGUUGGGUGGCAUUAAAUUGUUUCCUUUUUGAAUGGAGUUUGGUUUGUAGUGGAGCAUUUAGAACUAAAAAAACUGAAGAAAUAAGGUUCCAGUUGCUUAUAAAAACAACAGACCUCACCAAGGUUAGUCAGUUGAUGUUAAACUGUAACUUUUUUUUGAACGAGUUUGGUUUGUGGGGAAUAAUUCGCAUUAAAAAAAACAAACAAAUUGCUUAGUAAAACCACAGAACUCAGUAAUAACAGUUGGUUGGUGUUAAACUGUAACUUUUUUGAAUAAGUUUGGUGUGGAUGUUGGUUUGUUGAAGGUUUAUUCUUUCCCCUAAAUUUCAGCCAAAUUCCACUCACUUUCUUUUGCCAGAGCUUUCAACUGCACCGCAUGGUCGUACCAUGAUGGCCAUGUGGUAAAUCAUGUGACCUGUCCAGCCAGUGAUGCAGCCUCUCUCAGACUGUGUUUUACUAUCAGGUGUAAACGAGGUGUAGGUGUACGACACCGCCUCUCCAGUGCCUCAGGUUCCUCCCAGUCUGUCAGCCCACUGCCACCGUUCAGCUGCUUGUGAUGAUUAGUUUGAGUAGGACAUGUUGUGCUUGUCGGACCUGUAUCCAAACUAAAUAUGUGGCUUCAUCCAGGGCAGCAUGUUUAAUCUAAAUAUUAAAUUAAAAAAAAUCAGUCUGUGAUCGGUAACUUCUCAUCCCAUCAUGUUUCAGUUCUCUUUGGACCAAAGCUGUUAUGAAUGUGAAUUAUAUUGUUUUUUAAUUUGUAUUAUUGACAGUAUUCCUUGCACUACACACAGUAUAAAUGUAAGCUGACAUUCCAUUAUCACUUAUAUCCAAUUUUAUACCAUUUUAAUACAUUUGCCGUCACAGUGUCUUUUGGAGUUGAAUUAUGUGUUAAUUUAUAUUGUAAAUAUGUUUUUUUUUUCAUGUGAUGACUGAUAACUUUCUGGUGCUCAUAUUGGCUGACUAGCUUCAGAUUCUUGUAGCCUGUGUGCCUCUCUGCCAUUUUCAAGGUAUUUGAAAUAAACAAUAAGUACCUAAAGAAUGAAAAUGUGUCGAUUCACAUCAUCAGACAGUGUUUUAGGAUGUGGCUGCAGUUCAGGGCUUCACCAGUGGCUCUCCCAUGGACUAUUUACUGUAUUUAUAUUCUAAUCCGUCACUUGUAUUAUUUGUCUGUUUUUUAAUGAUAUUACUGUAUGUCCUAGUUUUAUAUUAAUUCUAUUAACUCAAAAUGGCACAAAUUCAUUAAAAUUAACCUAGCAAACAUC